AUGGAGAGUCGAUCAAAGAAAAGACGAACAACAUAUCACUCAUACGCCACAUCACAUUCUUCCCAUUCUAGACUUAGCCAUAGAGACUAUCUAUCCGGUGGUCCGAUACAACAGCUCACAGAUGAUUAUCUUGAGCAAGUAAUGGUAGCCAUUGACAUCAGAGAAUCCGGCACUAUAGGUUGUUCAUACUAUUCGGCACAGGAAGAGACAAUAUAUUUGUUAGGAGACAUGCAAUCAGCUGGCACUGAGAUCCUCGAUAGUCUUGUCAUUCAAACUAAGCCUACAGUACUCCUACUUUCACCGCGAGUCGACUAUCUCGGUUCACAGGACACAGACGAGUCUAGAAAAGGAUAUUGUAGUCAAUCUUACUUUCCCUAUCAGCUCGAUGUUCGUCCGUCCCAGGAAUUCAGUUACCUCAACGCGAAGAAUAAACUGGCGGCAUUGGAGAUAUCCUCGGAACACGAGCAACGCAUCAGGUUUCUAGUACCCCACAAUGGACUAAUUGAUCCGGAGCAGAUGGACACUGAGAGUCUGGACUUUACGUUACAAGAUGGCAGGUUCUUACAUAUGCCCGGUUCGAUCGACUUGGAGAAUAAAGUGACAAUUGGCUGCGCAGGUGCUGUUCUCACUUACCUUCAAAGGCGAAGGGCAACUAUAUCUAUUUCCAGUGAUGAGACUUCAUCAUACUUCCAGGUGCGCGCUAUCAAAAUGCUCAGCUUACAAGGAACCAUGUUCCUGAGUGGAAGGACAUUGCUGGCACUUCAAAUCCUGGAGUCGGAGUCUCAUCCAAGUAUGGUCAAUCAAGGGCCAGGAAGAAAGUCAUCGUCCUCAAAGGAGGGUCUUUCGGUAUACGGUUUAUUCCAACGCUUUGCCUAUAGCCCCCAAGGACGGCACCGACUUAGGCAAAUUUUUCUCCGCCCAAGUAUAGACACAGAUAUCAUAUGCGAACGCCAUGCAUUUAUUAGCGUAUAUUUACGGCCAGAUAAUAACAAUUCGCUAAGUAAGCUUACCAGGAGUCUCAAACAUAUCAAAAACCUCCGUCCCGUUAUGGUCAACCUUCGAAAAGGAAUAAGUACCGGAAGUGGCAAAAUAACAGGCUUCAAGACCACAGUAUGGGCCACCUUGCUAGCCUUUGCCUUCUACGGUAUUGAUAUUCAUGAUGCCCUCAAGGAAACUGCUUCCGGGAAUGAACUAGCUUUGCUUCAAAAGGCCCUUCGAGUUUUGGAAGCCGCUCAGUUAUACAGGGUCGAUAUUGAUAGCACCGAGGAGCAGGGUAGGACGGUGGUAAAGCCGGGACUAGACAGAGAACUUGAUAAGCUGAAAGACAGAUAUGAUGGUUUGAGCAGUUUGUUGAAGCAAGUUGCAAUAGAUAUUGCGAGUACCAUUCCGGAAAGCCUUGAUAUUGAUGUGAAUGUGAUAUACUUCCCUCAGCUUGGCUUUAAUAUCGCGAUCCCGCUGAACAAUAGGGGUGAGGCAGCCUUCGCUGGCUCCGAUGAUGAUUGGGAGCUCAUUUUUGUCACCGAGAACCGGGCAUACUUUAAAGACUUUAGAAUGAGGGAGAUGGAUGAGAAAUUGGGUGAUAUAUAUGGGCUGAUAUGUGAAAAAGAAAUUGAGAUUGUCUACGAGCUAGCACAGAAAGUGCUUGAAUAUGAGAAAGUACUCCUCGAGGUAUCAGAUAUAUGUGGUCACCUUGAUAGCCUCCUUGCCAUGUCACAGGCAGCAAGCUUCUAUAGGCUGACCUGCCCGAAAUUAGUGCGAGAGAAUGUCAUCAGCAUCAAAGGAGGACGACAUAUUAUCCAAGAAUUGACUGUCUCGUCAUAUGUGCCGAACGAUACCCUGUUAGUUGGUGGGAAGCUAGGUGCAUGGGCUCCAUGCUCUUCGUUUAAAUCCCAAACAGCGCUCGAAACAUGGGGUACACCAAGCACGUUGCUAUUAACAGGCCCGAAUUACUCUGGAAAGAGCGUUUAUAUGAAGCAGGUAAGAACAAUAAUUUCCACAAAGGUAUUCACCUUUAGCUUCGUUCCAGCAGAAAGCGUCGAAAUAGGGAUAACAGACAAGAUACUGGUCAAAUCUAAUAGCCAAGACAGUGUGUCCCAGAUUCAGAGCACAUUCAUGAACGAUCUGCAGCAGAUAUCGUUUGACUUGAGGCAGAUGACCGAGCGCAGCUUAUUGAUAAUAGAUGAGUUUGGCAAGGGUACCAGCGAGAGCGAUGGUAUUGGGUUAAUCUGCGGAAUCCUUAACCACUUACUCAUAGUCGAGAAUGCGCCGAAGGUUAUUGCUGCAACACACUUCCACGAGAUGCUCGAGAAUGAGUUUCUCAAGCCAGGGCCCCGACUGCUGCUCGGUCAUAUGGAGGUUCAGGUUUGCGAAGAAUCCUGCAACGCGGAAGACCGGAUCACAUAUCUCUAUAACUUCCAUCUAGGCCGGAGCGAUAAGAGCUAUGGACCGAUUUGUGCGGCGCUGAACGGAAUCAACGAGACAAUCGUAGAACGGGCAAAUGAGCUGGCAUCACUCGCUGUUCGUGGUGAAAAUUUGACAGCAGCUUGUGCCAUGUUGUCAGCUGAGAAUAUGCACGCUUUGGAAGAAGCGGACAUGCUUGCGAGAAAAUUUCUAGGUUUAGAUCUGUCAACAGGAAACGACGAAGCUAAUGUGCAUGUUUUUAAACCAGUCUGA